AAUUGGGUAUUGAACGGUUCUUAGUAGAGGAUCCGAUACUGGUUGUCGAAAGAACUAUCUCAUUAAGAGACUCCGGUAGACCACACCCGAAAGAACUAUCUCGUCAAAAGACUCCGGGUAGGGCCAGAGACUUGAUCGUUGAACAGAGUUGCUUAGUAAGCUUCCGAGAGCUUUAUGUACUAAAAAAAGCGUGGAGCUGUAUUGAAAAGCAUGAAAUUGUGAUGGAAUCUAAUGAAGGUUCAAGUGAUAAAAUUGCUGAAUUUAAAAACGAAUUUGCCAACACUGUCAAUACUACCAUUAUCUCCACUAACGCCACUGUCAACGACACCAUUAUUGCCAGUGCCACCAAUACCAUUGCUAAUAACACUAAUAACGAAUGA